UUCAGUCAGAGUUUCUGCCUCGAAGAGAAGUAUCUACAUAAUUGUGGAAAAGUGUUAAAGAAUAUAAAAAAAUUAAUCACUAAAAUAUAACCAAAGUAAACAAGUCAUUGAAAAUGGGAAGAAAAAAUAAACAGAAGAACACUGCAGUGUCAACCUUGCCAGAAAAUAAGGUUGAUGUAGAAGUUGUUAAGAAGGAACCAGAAGUGGAACAAAAGGCUCCUAUUGAGAAUGAAUCUAAAAAUACAACACAAAUUGCCUCAACUCCAAAGCCAGAAGAAAAGGUAGAAAAUAUAUCAGACAAAAAUGAAAUCAAUGUUGUAGCUGAUAAGGAGAAUGUUCCACAAGCUGCAUCAAAAUCUAAAAGAAAACGUCAUAGAAAAAGAAAAAAUGCUGCAGCUACUAAGGUUUCCAGUGAGAUUGAGGAAAGUUCUUCAACAGAACCUCCACCUGAUACUAAAAAAGAUGUUGCAGUUAAAAGCAAAGAGAAAACUGUUGAAGAAAAAGUUGUAGUUCCAACUGAACCUCCUAAAAGUGAAUUGCCUCAAGCAUGUUCUGAUAAUAAAAAUGUUACAGAAAAUCGUUCUCCUGUUAAUGCUGCUAAAACUCGGGAAAAUCGUAAGAAAAACAAAAAGUCUUCAAACAAUGAUGAGACUGAAAAAGUUUCAAAUGAAAAAGAUGUAAAAGAACUACCAGCUGAAAAAGUGGAAGUGCUACCAGCAGCUCAUAAUAAUGAAACCCGCAAAUCUAAGAACAGAAGACGAGGCGACUCAAAAAAAUGUAUUCCUGAUGAAUUGCAAGAACGUCUAGAACGUGAACAAAGAGAAGCACGAGAUCAAUUGAAAAAUGAAAUUGAAAAACGUGAAAAGCUUUUGGAAAAAAUUGAAAUGGUUUUGGAUUGUAAAAAGCAAGAAAAGAAGAUAGCCAAAGAUCACCAAGAUUCUAUAAAGGAGAUGGUCGCAUUGACUUCAUUAGCUAGUUCUUCUACGAUACCUGCAAACGAGCCAGAAAAAGAUCUGUUAGUAGAUAAAAUUGAACAGGUUUUGGGUGUCACAAAGCUGGAAAUCAAAAAUGUGCAGAAUCAACAAGCAUUUGUCGGGAGAUUAGAAACUGAAUUAUCUAAAAUUAAAGAUGCAAAAAACAAUUACCUACAAGGUGAAACAUCAGAUGCUGCUCAAGCUUCAACAUACAAACUGCCUGAACAUAUUGAAAAAUUGAAGAAAGGAAUAAAGAAUGUGGAAGAAGUGAAGUCAAAAAAUAAAGAUGAACUUUUGAAGGAAAUCGAAUCUCGCGAUAUAUUGAUGGCAGAAAUCAACAAAGUUUUAAACACAACGAAAACAGAAAUUCAAAAUGUUCAAAAGCAACAAAAAAUUAUUGCAAACCUUGAAACUGAGUUGCACAAAAUCAAGGAAGCUGAAAUAAAUGAAAAGUUACUAGUGCUGAACGAAGAAAUGAACGAUGAAGAAGAAGAAGAAGAAAAAGUCAAUCUACCAGUCACUAAAAUGAGUUCAUCCUCUCUUCUAGAUACGCUGAUGGCGAAUGUUGGGAAAAUAAAAGACAUCCAUGCUCAAAAGCAGCAACAAAAAGAACUUGCAAAAACUGAAAAAAAUAUUAAAAAGAAUGAAAAUGAAACUAAGGACAACGUUGUUGAAACGACCAAAACGUCAAAUGAUUCAACCCCACCAUGUUCUGUUGUCAAGGCCGUUGAAGACAUAAAAGUAAACGUUACUAAAACCGAAACUAGUCAUGAACUUCUUCAGCAACAACCGCAGAAACUAAGCAUGGCUGAUAUGCUUAGAAAUGCACCCACACCUCCACCUGAAGAAGAAAAAAAGAAUGAAAAGAAAACUAAAUCAUCUAACAACAUUAAAAAGAAUGUUGAGACAGCUCCAGUUGUUCCUACCGAAGAAGUUCAUCAAGAAAAAAUUGAAGCAGCAUCAGUAGGAAAUGCCGGUGAAAAUGAUGUUGAUGAAUCGAAACCUUCUGUCAAAGCAUCGGAAGUUGCAAUAGAAUCUGAAACUAUGGCUGAUGCAUCUAAUAUUUCGAAAACUUUUCAAGAUUCGAAGAAAAAGAAAGAUGUGAAAUCAAAGAAUUCUAAGGAAAGCGUUGUUGAAAAGUCAAAUAUUAAACCACUUCCCAGAAACGACAAGAAUGAAGUUUCAAAUGCUCCAAACGUUAAAAAUGCUCAGAAAACGAAGCAAAAAGGCAACUCUGAAUCUGAAAGUGCCAUUACUGAUGAUGCUAGUCAGGCUGUUGUAAACCCGCCAAAAAAGGAAUCUCCCUCAGAAACGAAACCGACAAACUUGCCAGAAAAGGUUAUUGUGGAAGAAAAAUUAAUUGUCUCAACUUCAACUGCAGCUCUAAACACGGAAACAUCGAAUCCUACAAAGAAAAUUGAAACUGCCAAAGCUAAGCCGACUACGAAUUCAGACAUGAAGAAACCAUCGAGCCCUACAAAGAAAAUUGAAACUGCCAAAGCUCCGCCGAAUGCGGAUUCAGACCUGAAGAAACCAUCAAGUCCUAAAAAAGUUGUUGAAAGUGUCAAAGCUGCAUCGACUGCAGAUUCAGAUACGAAGAAACCAUCAAGCCAUGCUAAGAUUAUUGAAACUGCCAAAGCUCCGCCGACUGCGGAUUCAGGCCUGAAAAAACCAUCAACUCCUACAAAAGAUGUUGAAAGUGUCAAAGCUGCAUCGACUGCAGAUUCAGAUACGAAGAAACCAUCAAGUCCUACAAAGAUUAUUGAAACUGCCAAAGCUCCGGUGACUGCGGAUUUAGACACAAAGAAACCAUCAAACCCUCCGAAGAUUGCUGAAACUGUCAAAGCUGCAUCGACUGCAGAUUCAGAUAUUAAAGAACCAGCAAACCCUCCGAAGAUUGCUGAAACUGUCAAAGCUGCAUCGACUGCAGGUUCAGCAGAAACUAAGAAACCGAAUCCUCCGAAGAAAACUGAAACUAACAAAACUGCUUCAAAGGGAUCUGCCAAAAAGGCAAAAAAGUAAAAUUAUCAUCAGCAGUGUUGUCAUCUUUAAUCCUGUUGAAUUGGAAAAUAAUUUAAUAGUCAAAUGAAAUUUACGUUAUUUAACAAUAACUUUUGAAUCAUUAAGGAUAUGAUAAAAUAUGAAAAUAAAAGUUGCAGCAUGUGGACAGGAACAACUUUCUCAAACACACCUCAUACCUAAACCUUAAAGUUUAAGUUUUUUUCGCUUUUAUCUUCUUUAGCGUAUAUAAACGAUUUUGGGAUCAAUAAAGUUGAGAAGCAAAAAGUGUGAAUAAUUCCAAAAUUAUACAACGAGAAACCAGUCGGAAUUAGUUACUCCUACUCUACGUAAAUGUGUUUCAUUUUGUUGUAAUCUUUCAAAAUAUAAAAUUCAAAUGAAUAUUAAUUAUUCGACUUCACUAAUUCUUUUAUAUGUAUUACCAAAUGAUU